AGCAAUUGCGUAUUGCUGUAUAUACAAUUAAAUAAUGUUACUUAGAGUGGAAUUAUUUGGCUUUCUAUGCUUUUUAACUGUUACAUACACAGAACGUAGAAGCGAUAGAGAGAACGCGAAGCAGCUCCCUCAACGAAUAAACCAAUUAAUAAUCAACUACAACGAACGCGGUGUCUUAAAAAUCAACGAAAUAAUUGACAUACGAGCGAAGUACGAGGUCUCGCCUCAUUUCGAAUUGGGUUACGUCGUGUCGGAAAUAUUGGAACGUUACAGAAAAAUGGUCCUCCUCGUCAUAAAACCAAUUGACUAUAUAUCUGACGUUGUACUCGAAACUUUAAAACAUACGGAACUAAUCCAAAGUCUUUUCCUCGAGAUUUAUCACCUAGUCCAAAUGUUACACGAGAUAAUGCGCAAAUACAAAACCUUUAAGGAGUUUUCGGACAAGAUGCAGUACGACAGAACUGUUAUAGAUGAAUAUAACAAGAAAUUAAAGAUGAAUCAGUUAGAAAGAGAGAAGGAGAGGAAGAGGAAGAUAAAGGAAAUGAAGAAGCGAACGAAGCUGUUCAUGAAAGGAAUAAUAAAUAUAGCCCCCCCAAAGACUAAACCGAAGAAUAAAUGGUGGCCAAUUGACUAUGGUUGGGAAAUUGAUUAUUAUUGGUGAAUGUCUGAUUGAAUAUAAAAAAUAUAUUUAU